AGUCCUAGGAUGGACCUGACUCUUGCCGAACUUCAGGAAAUGGCAUCUCGCCAGCAGCAACAGAUUGAGGCACAGCAACAAAUGCUGGCUACCAAGGAGCAGCGCCUAAAGUUUUUGAAACAGCAAGAUCAGCGUCAGCAACAAGCUGCUGAGCAGGAGAAGCUUAAGAGGCUGAAAGAAAUAGCUGAGAGUCAGGAAGCUAAGCUAAAAAAAGUGAGAGCACUUAAAGGCCACGUGGAACAGAAGAGGCUAAGCAACGGGAAACUGGUGGAGGAAAUUGAACAGAUGAAUAGCUUGUUCCAGCAAAAGCAGAGGGAGCUCGUUCUGGCCAUGUCAAAAGUAGAGGAACUUACAAGACAGCUGGAGAUGCUCAAGAACGGCAGGAUCGACGGCCACCAGGACAGCCAGUCUGCAGUGGCUGAGCUCGAUCGCCUCUACAAGGAGCUGCAGUUAAGAAACAAAUUGAACCAAGAGCAGAACGCCAAGCUUCAGCAACAGAGGGAGUGCCUGAAUAAGCGCAAUUCAGAAGUGGCAGUCAUGGAUAAGCGUGUGAACGAGCUGAGGGACCGGCUGUGGAAGAAGAAGGCAGCUCUGCAGCAGAAAGAGAAUCUGCCCGUUUCAUCGGAUGGAAAUCUUCCUCAGCAAGCUGUGUCAGCACCGAGUCGCGUGGCUGCAGUCGGUCCCUAUAUCCAGUCAUCCACUAUGCCACGGAUGCCCUCGAGGCCUGAGCUCCUGGUGAAACCAGCCUUGCUGGAUGGGGCCCUGGCCAUGCAGGCUUCAGAGGGGCCGAUGAAAAUGCAAACACUGCCGAAUAUGAGGGCUGGGGCUUGUUCACAAGCUAAAGGCUCUAAAAUCCACCCAGUUGGACUUGACUGGAGUCAUUCAAAUGCAGACCUUUUCCCGAGCCAAGGCUCUGCUUCUGUAUCUAAAAGCGCUGGGAACGCUCCGGACCAAGCUGAUGAUGGGGAGGUCCCACUGAGGGAGAAAGAGAAGAAAGUGCGCCCCUUCUCAAUGUUUGACACGGUGGACCAGGCAGCUGCCCCGCUGUCCUUUGGUACCCUGAGGAAAAACCAGAGCAGUGAAGAUAUCUUGCGGGAUGCUCAGGCUACAAAUAAAAAUGGUGCUAAAGUACCACCUCCUGUUCCCACAAAACCAAAACAGAUUAAUUUGCCUUAUUUUGGACAAACUAAUCAGUCACCAUCAGACAUUAAGCCAGAUGGCAGUCCUCAGCAGUUGUCAACAGCGGUUACAUCGGUGGGAAAUAAACCGAAAACAGCAGGACAGCAGCAGAGGGUCCUGCUGUCCACCAGCGUGCCUUUAGUUGGCCAAGACCAAACCCUUUCUCCAGGUCCUAAGCAAGAGAGCCCACCUGCUGCCGCCGUCCGGCCCUUCACUCCUCAGCCUUCGAAGGACACCCUCCUCCCACCCUUCAGAAAACCACAGACCGUGGCAGCGAGCUCUAUAUAUUCCAUGUACACCCAGCAUCAGGCUCCCGGGAAAAACUUCCAACAGGCAGUGCAGAGUGCAUUGACCAAGACACACACCAGAGGGCCACACUUUGCGAGUGUAUAUGGCAAGCCUGUGAUUGCUGCAGCCCAGAAUCAGCAGCAGCACCCAGAGAACGUCUAUUCCAAUAGCCAAGGCAAGCCUGGCAGCCCGGAGCCUGAAACAGAGCCAGUCUCCUCAGGUCAGGAGAACCAUGAAAAUGAACGAUUUCCCCGUCCGCUCAGCCCCACCAAGUUACUGCCUUUCUUGUCGCAUCCCUACCGCAACCAGAGUGAUGCCGACUUAGAAGCCCUACGAAAGAAACUGUCUAACGCACCGAGGCCACUAAAAAAACGGAGCUCUAUUACGGAGCCCGAGGGUCCUAAUGGGCCAAAUAUCCAGAAGCUUUUGUAUCAGAGAACCACCAUAGCUGCCAUGGAGACCAUCUCUGUCCCAUCAUACCCACCUAAGCCAGCAUCAGGGACUGCCAGCCCAGAAAGCCCAGUCGAGAUUCUGAAUCCAUACUUACAUGUGGAACCAGAGAAGGAAGUGGUCUCUCUGGUUCCUGAAUCAGUGUCCCCAGAGGAAGCAGGGAGUGCCAGUACAGAGAACAAGGACACGUCAGCUUCUUCUCCAGGACUUGACUACGUGUCUGAAGGAGCCCCAGACAAUGGCCCGAAUCUCCAGAGUAACUUCGAAGAACCCAAUCCAGAGGCUCCCCAUCUACUUGAAGUAUACCUGGAGGAGUAUCCCCCAUAUCCACCCCCGCCAUACCCGUCUGGGGAACCUGAAGGGCCGGGAGAAGACUCUGUGAGCAUGCGCCCGCCCGAAAUCACAGGGCAGGUUUCUCUGCCUCCUGGCAAAAGGACAAACUUACGUAAAACUGGCUCAGAGCGGAUUGCUCAUGGAAUGAGGGUGAAGUUCAACCCCCUUGCUUUACUUCUAGAUUCGUCUUUGGAGGGAGAAUUUGACCUUGUACAGAGAAUUAUAUAUGAGGUUGAUGACCCAAGCCUGCCGAAUGAUGAAGGCAUCACAGCUCUUCACAAUGCUGUGUGUGCGGGCCACACAGAAAUUGUGAAGUUCCUUGUCCAGUUUGGUGUGAAUGUAAAUGCCGCGGAUAGUGAUGGAUGGACUCCCUUGCACUGCGCGGCCUCUUGUAACAACGUUCAGGUCUGUAAGUUCUUGGUGGAGUCCGGAGCCGCUGUGUUUGCCAUGACCUACAGUGACAUGCAGACGGCUGCGGACAAGUGCGAGGAGAUGGAGGAGGGCUACACGCAGUGCUCCCAGUUUCUUUAUGGAGUCCAGGAGAAGAUGGGCAUCAUGAACAAAGGAGUCAUUUAUGCACUCUGGGAUUAUGAACCUCAGAAUGACGAUGAGCUGCCCAUGAGAGAAGGAGACUGCAUGACAAUCGUCCGCAGGGAAGAUGAGGACGAGAUCGAGUGGUGGUGGGCACGCCUUAACGACAAGGAGGGAUACGUCCCACGCAACUUGCUGGGACUGUACCCAAGAAUUAAACCAAGACAAAGGAGCUUGGCCUGAAACUACAGAAUUGUAGUUGAUGAAGAAAUAAUCUCUGUUACCGCUAAGAGGAAGUAAUACGUUGAUUGUUUUUUGGCAAAAAUUUCACAAGACUGAUUUUAAUGACAGUGUAGCUUGAAAGCAGUGAAGAAUGUGCCCUGGAAGAAAAUGAAGGAUUGCAGAAUUCACUCUUCAUGGAGCCCAUUCAGCCCGAUGAAGUGGAGCUUAUAAGCAAGCGGACCGUGCUGCGGUGGGGUGAAGGUGUUCCGGGGAGCACGCAGAAGGACAGACAGUGACAAUCCCAUUUUCUACAAGAAAGAGGGCCAUUUAUUUUGCUAGUGGGAGAGUCAGCUUCAAGUCCUGUUUAGUUGGCGUCUUCAGCACCUGCCCCGAUCCCAGUCCUCCUCCCAGAAAGGACCAGUGCCAUCAUGGCGCCAUCGCUGAUUGUCCCCAAGUGCCAGGGACCCUCAGAGGACUCAGUGAAGGCUGGAGGUGCCGCACACUUGUAUGUUGCCAGUGGAGAACUGUUAGUUGGUUGUCAGCAAUAAUUUUAUUACAUAAGUUCUUGUAGCAUCUUCGGAAUUAUAUAUUUGAAACAUUGAAACUAAGCUACACUAUAGGUAAUUAGAUUCAGAAUCUUGUUUUUAGGCUGCAUUUGAAUCUAUAUUUAUUGUCUUUUGUAUCUUGGAAAUUAGACUUGGUAUAGACUUACUUAUUUGUCAAAAUCAUAGCUGACCUGAAAAACAAUUGUAAUAAAAUUAAACUUUUUGUCUCUAAGCUUUUUACUGGU